UAUUACUUUUGUGUGUGUUUGUGAGCGCUGCAAUGCGCUUGGCAACAACUGCACUUUGACACACAUCUUUCAACUGCAAACGUCACGAAAUUCAAAUCAUACAAAAUAUUUUGUGAACGCCUGUGUCUUAAUUUAUUUAUUAACAACUGUGGCAACAAAUAACGAGUCUUAAAUAGUGGUGGUUGGUGAUAGUGUGUUGUAUAGCAAAACUUUCAUUUGUGGAUUAACUUGGAUUUGGUAUUUUGGAAUUUUUGCUCAUCGUGCGAAAUAUUGAUAAUAUUGUGACUGCAUGCUGAGGAUAUUUCAAUGAUAUGUGUUUACAUUACGCGCCUUUAACAAGGAUCAGCCACAAUAUGUUCUCUUAUACACAAAAGCAACAUAGUGAAUUACUUGCCAUCAAUAUCAGCAUAAAAUUUAAGAUGCCACUAACAACAAAACACAGCACACGGCGAGUGCGUAUUUAAUAAACGCUGUGCAACGGUUCGGUGCGGUUGAUUGCUGGUACGCGAACCACAACACACACACAUACACACCCAUCAAUUGGGUGUUUUGCAUACGCCAACGGCGUGUAAACAUUUAAAACAAACACAAACACACAAGUAACGGAAAAUGUUAGUUGUAACAGCGAGCCAACAGAAGAGUUGGCCCAGCAGUUGUACAGGUAGCGAUGAUAGUUGUUGUAGUAAUGAAGUUGUGACGGGUAGCGAAGCAGAUGACAACAACUAUGGCAGCAGUUGUUGUUGUACACAAAAAUGUUGCUAUAAAGUGAGUAGUGGUGGGUGUGAGAGCAGUAGGGUCGGUGGUGCGCGCAGCAAAAGUCACGUGCCACGCGCCAUUGCUGCUUCCUGGCUACACACAUAUCUGCUGCUCUUGAUGCUCACCACCACACAGCUGUUGCACGCGGCGCACGGCUAUUUGAUAAUCGUGCACGAGAACGUGCCGGCUGGCACGGUGGUCUUCAACGCGUCGGUCUACAAACUCGGCUCCGAACGCCAUUACAAAAUUAACGCACACAAAUCGGCGCAUUUCGUACAUCACCUGGUGGCCGUCAACCACAAAGAUGGCCAGAUACAAUUACGCAAGCAAUUGAAAUGUGAUGGCAUCUAUUAUCCGAAUCUGUUCACCUUCUAUGUGGACUCGACGUCGAAUCGGCUGCGCAGCAUCGACUACUACAGUCUGCCGGUGCGUAUAUUUGUGACGGGAAGUGACUGCAACGAGGAUCGACGCAUAGAGGAGGAGAUGCAUAGCCGGCACUAUGAGGAGGAGGAGACGGGUUAUUCGAAGCGACGCAGACGUUAUAUCGACACCAUUGCACAGCCCGAUCUACGCUACUUCGGCGCUUACUUGGCGCAUACGAGUAACAGCGUCGAGCUGACGCCGCGCAGCACGGAUGUGGAUAUGCUCAAUCAUAAUAACAGUCGGCGUGAGUUCCGCGAUGGCGACUUGAUAUUCGGCGAUAAUUUCGAUAAUGAGAUGCGUCAUCGUAUACUUAGCCGUAAGCGACGCGCGAAGGAGCCGCUACAGUUGGAGCCGUCGCUGCAUCGACGCAUCUCGGAUGCUAAGCAAUGGAUCUCGGAAACUUAUGCCUCUUACGCCAUACACACAACGGAUAAAUGGAAUCAAAUCUGCUUGCGGCGUUCGCAGUUUAUUAACAAUCUCAAUGCUUUUUUGCCGAAAUCGAUUUGUCAGUAUUGCAAGGUGAACUUUUUGGAUGUGAAUGAUGAGCGCUUUGCGAUCGAACAUCAGAAUCACGAUUUGGUGGCCAGCCGUGAUGUUUGCAUACGCGAAUCUAUAUGGAAGGUUAGCAUCACCUUCAAUAUACGUUGCAAUCGUAAUGAGAUCGUGGAUUCGGAUCAUCGGCUGAAGAUCGUCUAUCAUUAUCAGGAGUUCAAUGACACCGAUAUAGCGAAACGCGUGCGUCGUGAGCUGCGCAAUCAGUCGCCAUACUUCGAACAGGCGCUCUAUGUCGCUUCUGUGUUGGAGGAGCAGCCGGCCGGUUCAGCGGUGACAACAGUGCGUGCACGCGAUCCCGAAGACUCGCCAGUAGUAUAUUCAAUGGUUUCGCUGUUGGACUCGCGUUCGCAGUCGCUCUUUAAAGUCGAUUCGCGCACCGGUGUGGUUACAACGUCGGCGAGUUUGGAUCGUGAACUAAUGGAUGUGCACUAUUUUCGUGUAGUUGCUACAGAUGAUAGUUUUCCGCCGCGUUCCGGCACCACAACGUUGCAAGUGAAUGUGCUGGAUUGUAAUGAUCAUAGUCCCACCUUCGAGGCUGAGCAAUUCGAGGCCAGCAUACGCGAAGGCGCCACAGUCGGUUCGACGGUGAUCACUUUACGCGCCACAGAUCAGGAUAUAGGCAAGAAUGCAGAGAUCGAAUAUGGCAUUGAAAGUGUAACUGAUGGCACUGGCACCUUGCAAGAUCAAGAGCUGCCAAUUUUUCGUAUUGAUGCACGCUCAGGUGUGAUAUCGACACGUAGUACGUUGGAUCGCGAAACUUCGGACAGUUAUAAUCUCAUUGUGACCGCCUCGGAUAUGGCUUCGGCGCAGAGUGAGCGCAAAACCGCUACCGCAACAGUGAUCGUGAAGAUAUUGGACGACAACGACAACUAUCCGCAAUUCAGUGAACGUACCUACACAGUGCAAGUACCCGAAGAUCAGUGGGGUGAUGAUAACAUAGUGGCACACAUACGUGCCACCGACGCCGAUCAGGGCAACAAUGCGGCAAUACGUUAUGCGAUCAUUGGCGGUAAUACGCAAUCACAAUUCUCCAUCGAUUCGAUGAGUGGCGAUGUGAGUCUCGUCAAACCGUUGGACUAUGAGAGCGUACGCAGCUAUCGUCUGGUUAUACGCGCACAGGAUGGUGGAAGUCCAUCGCGCAGUAACACCACACAGCUGUUGGUGAAUGUGAUUGAUACCAAUGACAAUGCGCCGCGUUUCUAUACUUCACAGUUUCAGGAAUCUGUGCUGGAGAAUGUGCCGGUGGGUUACAAUAUCAUUCGCGUACAGGCUUAUGAUGCGGAUGAGGGUGCAAAUGCCGAGAUCGCUUAUAGCAUCUCGGAGCGUGAUGAUAAUUUCCCGCUGGCUGUCGAUUCACGAACCGGUUGGGUGCAAACGAUCAAACCAUUAGAUCGCGAGGAACAAAGUCGUUACACAUUCCAAGUUGUUGCCAAAGAUGGCGGUGUGCCGCCGAAAUCUGCAAGCUCCACGGUAGUAAUAACAGUGCAGGAUGUAAACGAUAAUGAUCCCACUUUCAAUCCGAAGUACUAUGAGGCCAAUGUGGGUGAGGAUCAGCCGCCGGGUACGCCUGUGGUAACAGUCACCGCCACCGAUCCGGAUGAGGACUCACGUCUACAUUACGAGCUCACUUCUGGCAAUACGCGCGGUCGUUUCGCGAUUACUUCACAGAAUGGACGUGGUCUCAUUACUAUUGCACAAUCCUUGGACUAUAAACAGGAGAAACGUUUUGUGCUCACCGUAACAGCUACAGAUUCGGGUGGUCGUUCGGAUACCGCUACUGUGAAUAUUAAUAUUACGGACGCCAAUAAUUUCGCGCCCAUUUUUGAAAAUGCACCAUACAGCGCUUCAGUUUUCGAGGACGCGCCCAUUGGUACGACCGUCUUGGUUGUCUCGGCUACCGACAGCGAUGUUGGCAUCAAUGCGCAGAUCACAUACUCGUUGAAUGAGGAAAGCAUAAAUGGACUAGGCAGUCCGGAUCCUUUUUCGAUCAAUCCACAAACUGGCGCAAUUGUGACAAAUGCGCUUUUGGAUCGUGAAACUACUAGCGGUUAUUUACUCACCGUCACCGCCAAGGAUGGUGGCAAUCCAUCGCUUAGUGAUACUACAGAUGUGGAGAUAAGCGUGACAGAUGUGAAUGACAAUCCGCCCGUCUUCAAGAAUCCACUCUAUCAAGCAUCUAUACUGGAGGAUGCGCUUGUCGGGACCUCCGUUAUACAAGUAUCUGCUACCGAUCCAGAUAUUGGUUUGAAUGGUCGUAUAAAGUAUUUGCUGAGCGAUCGCGAUGUCGAGAACGGUUCGUUUGUUAUCGAUCCUACAUCAGGCACAAUACGCACCAACAAGGGUUUGGAUCGUGAGAGUGUGGCCACUUAUCAUCUCACCGCUAUUGCUGUGGACAAAGGUUCACCGCCGCUAUCAAGCACUGUUGAAGUUCAAAUACGUUUGGAAGAUGUUAAUGAUUCACCACCGACGUUUCCUUCGGACAAAAUUACGCUUUAUGUGCCGGAAAACUCUCCUGUUGGUUCGGUGGUUGGUGAAAUACACGCCCACGAUCCAGAUGAGGGUGUCAAUGCAGUGGUACACUACUCUAUUAUCGGUGGCGACGACUCAAACUCAUUUUCGUUAGUUACACGGCCAGGCUCAGAGCGUGCGCAGUUGUUGACCAUGACCGAGCUCGACUAUGAAUCCAAUCGCAAGCGUUUCGAGUUGGUCAUACGCGCCGCCAGUCCUCCGUUGCGUAACGAUGCGCACGUGGAGAUAUUGGUUACCGAUGUUAACGACAAUGCACCAGUUUUACGCGACUUCCAGGUGAUCUUCAACAAUUUUCGCGAUCACUUCCCUAGUGGUGAAAUCGGCAGAAUACCAGCAUCGGACGCUGACGUCACCGACAAACUAACGUACCGCAUACUCUCCGGCAACAAUGCUAAUCUUUUGCGUUUAAAUACCACAUCAGGCGGUUUAAUCUUGAGCCCACAGUUGAAUACGAAUGUGCCGAAAUUUGCAACUAUGGAGGUCUCCGUCUCGGAUGGCAUCAAUGAAGCCAAGGCAAUUAUGCAGCUUUCCGUGCGUUUGAUCACCGAAGACAUGCUAUUCAAUUCCGUUACAGUACGCCUUAAUGAAAUGACGGAGGAGGCUUUUCUAUCGCCACUCUUAAACUUUUUUCUCGACGGUUUGGCUGCUAUUAUUCCAUGUCCAAAGGAAAAUAUUUUCGUUUUCUCCAUACAAGAUGAUACCGAUGUGACAACGCGCAUACUGAAUGUGAGUUUUUCCGCAAAGCGUCCCGAUGUCUCACACGAAGAAUUCUACACACCACAGUAUCUGCAAGAACGCGUCUAUCUGAAUCGCGCUAUAUUGGCACGUCUAGCCACAGUUGAAGUGCUGCCUUUCGAUGACAAUCUGUGUGUGCGCGAACCUUGUCUUAACUUCGAAGAGUGCCUCACAGUGCUGAAGUUCGGUAAUGCCUCAGAGUUCAUACACAGCGACACAGUGCUCUUCCGUCCCAUUUAUCCCGUGAACACCUUUGCAUGCUCAUGUCCCGAGGGCUUCACUGGCAGCAAAGAGCACUAUCUCUGCGAUACGGAAGUGGAUCUUUGCUACUCAGACCCCUGUCGAAAUGGCGGCACAUGCGUACGACGCGAAGGCGGCUACACUUGCAUGUGUUCACCAAAGCAUACAGGCGUUAAUUGUGAAACUGAUAUAUCGACGCUGAAGCCUUGCAUGUCCGAAGCCUGCGAUGGUGGUUAUUCCUGCAUGAACUCAUUCCUGAGCUCACAGCCACCACCUUACACGGCGACAUGUGAGCUUCGUUCCCGUUCGUUCUCUAAGAACUCUUUCCUCACGUUCGAAAGUCUCAAACAGCGACACCGGUUCAAUCUUAAGCUACGAUUUGCAACAGUGCAUGAAAAUGGUUUGCUGCUUUACAAUGGACGGUACAAUGAAUUGCACGACUUCAUCGCGCUUGAAAUACUUGAGGGUCAUGUUAGCUUUUCAUACUCACUGGGCGACAACAAGCAGAGUGUGUCAGUCGUACAACAGGCGAAGGUGUCGGAUGGCGAAUGGCAUGAUGUGGAGGUGAUAUACCUCAACCGGACUGUGACACUCGUACUCGAUAAAUGUGAUACGGCGAUAGCUUUGGCUGGUAAUCUGGGCGAUCGUUGGAGUUGUGCUAAUCAGACGACACUCAUACUCGACAAACGUUGUGCGCUACUCACCGAAACCUGUCACCGUUUCUUGGACUUGACCGGUCCACUACAACUUGGUGGUCUGCCACGUAUACCCGCACACUUUCCGGUGGAGAAUCAGGAUUUCAUUGGUUGCAUUUCAGAUUUACGCAUUGAUGAACGUUACAUAGACCUGAACUCGUAUGUUGCAGAUAAUGGCACUAUCUCUGGUUGUCCACAGAAGGCACCACUCUGCUCUUCAGAGCCAUGCUUUAAUGGCGGUGUUUGUCGUGAAGGUUGGAAUACCUAUACCUGCGAGUGCCCGGAGGGUUAUGCUGGUAAUGCCUGUCAAGAGACUAUACCAGCACCUUGGCGUUUCUCCGGAGAUGGCAGCCUCAGUUUUAAUCCAUUAUUGAGGCCUAUACAACUGCCAUGGGUCACGUCACUCUCAAUGCGUACUUUACAAUUGGAUGCAUUUCUGCUGCAAAUCCAAAUCGGGCAGAAUAGUUCGGCAGUACUUUGUCUGAAGAAUGGCAUACUCUACUACAUUUACGAUAAUGAGCCCAUGUACUUGGCUGGUGCCUAUCUUUCUGAUGGCAACUGGCAUCGCAUCGAAGUGAAAUGGCUUGGAUCCGAGGUACAGUUUUCUGUAGAUUACGGUCAACGCACAGGCGUCGUGCCAAUGUCACAAAAGGUGCAAGGACUUUAUGUUGGUAAGAUUGUGAUAGGCAGCGCAGACGGUUCGAUUGGAGCAGUUGGUGAUAUGUUGCCCUUCGAAGGUUGCAUACAAAAUGUGCGCAUUGGCGCCUCGCAGUCCGUAUUAUCGCGUCCAACUAUACGUGAGAAUGUUGAAGACGGCUGCUUGUCGCGCGCCGAAUGCCCUGAAAGCUGUCCACCACACUCCACUUGCACAACGACUUGGGAUCAAUCGCAAUGUGAAUGCUUGCCUGGCUACGUAGGAUCCGAUUGCAUACCUAUCUGCACCGUGAAACCUUGCACAGCUGGCGUGUGCCGCGCGAAUAUCAGCGAACCACGUGGUUAUAUGUGUGAAUGCAACAGUUCCUUGCAACAUGGAGAAUACUGCGAGAAGACCGUACAGCAGCCUUGUCCUGGUGGUUGGUGGGGUGAAAAGGUUUGUGGACCAUGUAAAUGUAAUUUGAAACAAGGCUAUCAUCCAGAUUGCAAUAAGACCACCGGUCAGUGCUAUUGCAAGACGAAUCAUUACCAACCGCCAAAUGAGACUGCAUGCAUACCCUGCGAUUGCUACUCAAUUGGGUCCUUCAGUAGUGCAUGCAAUCGUCUGACUGGACAAUGUGAAUGCCGUGAAGGUGUUAUUGGACGACGUUGUGACUCCUGCUCGAAUCCGUAUGCUGAGGUAACACUUAACGGCUGCGAGGUGGUCUAUGACGCCUGUCCACGUUCAUUCGCGGCCGGCAUCUGGUGGCCACGCACACCGCUUGGCAGCACAACUAUAGAGAAUUGUCCCUCGCCGGCCAGAGGUAAAGGACAACGCACCUGCGAUGGUAUGUCAGGUGGCUGGAACCAACCGGAUAUGUUCAACUGCACAUCCGAUCCAUUUGUUGAACUACGUAAACAACUUUCGCAACUGGAAAAGCUAGAGCUAGAGUUGAACUCAUUCGUUGCCAUCAAAAUGGUGGAAAACUUGCAAUUGGCCUGUGAAAGUGUUGAUCGCUCGAGCGCGGUGAAGAAGAAGUUGGUGAAGGAUAGUCGUCGGUACAAAAUGGAAUCCUCCUUCUUGAUCAACGAAGGCAACAAUAUGUGGUCAAAUGAGCUGGAGAUGGACUAUCUAUCAGACGAGCUUAAAUUUACACAUGAUCGGCUCUACGGCGCUGAUCUGCUAGUUACCGAAGGCAUACUGCAGGAGCUAAUUAACUACGAACUAAUGCAAAACGGUUUAAACCUGACGCAUAGUCAAGAUAAGUAUUUUAUUAAAAAUCUAGUAGAUGCCGCAAGCGUUAUUUUGGAUCGGAAAUAUGCUGCAGAAUGGAAACGUGCCACGGAAUUGAUACAGCGUGGACCCGACGAUCUUGUGGACGCAUUCAACAAGUAUAUGGUAGUCUUAUCUAGCUCACAACAUGAUACGUACACGAAUCCAUUUGAGAUUGUGCAACGGAAUAUGAUAUUCGCUUUGGAUAUUAUCACUACAGAAUCACUUUUCGGCUACGAACCCGAACAGCUCAGCGAAUACCACAAAACUAAGCUGAAUCUCAAACCCAAUGCGUACACUACAGAAAGUGUAAUACUACCAGAUACUAGUGGUUUCCUGCAGCACUCCUCGAAGCAGAAACCCGUUAUUACUUUCCCCAAAUACAAUAAUUACAUACAAGAUAAAACGAAGUUCGAUAAGUAUACGAAAGUUUUGGUGCCACUGGACAUGUUGGGUAUUACGCCACCCGGCAGCAAUGAAGUAACUCAGAACGCCAACGACUAUCGCGCCAUUAUCUCAUACGCACAGUAUAAGGAUGUAGGGCAACUUUUACCCGAUAUGUACGAUGAGACGAUCACACGUCGUUGGGGUGUCGAUAUUGAAGUCGCUUCGCCUAUACUGUCACUCGCCAUUUUAGUGCCAUCCAGCGACACCGAGGAGAAACGUAUAGAGAUACCUUACCGUAAAAUUUCUUCACAAAAAACAGAUUCCAAUGAACAGCAAUUCAUCGAGGUAUUCGACGUGCCGAAAACGAGCAGUAGUGGCAGCGAGGAGCACAUGAUUGAGAAUAUACGCAUUACGGCGCACGAAAUCAUGCCUCCAUCGACAAGCAACUCACAAGAAACGUCUGCCGAAGUGUCAAGCAACGAAGCGGUGGAAUUAAGUGAUGGUGGUGAAGAACCACACAUUAGUGUACGCUUCGACGAUGAAAAUAUCGAGUUCCAUGGUGAUACUGGUGAAGAGGUCGUAGAUUCACCAGAAGUAGGGAGUCCACACUUCGAUGUAGGUUCCAGUGAACAGCAAAAGGGUGAGAAUGAAGCUAUCUACCGUAAUCGCAGACUCGUCAAACGUCAAGUGGAAGUUAUCUACCCAUCCGAACAACAACAAACGCAACAAAAUGUGAUCUAUCGUUCGCUUGGCUCACCACAUCUGUCACAACCCAUAAAAUUGCAAAUGUGGCUAGAUGUGGAGCCAGCGCGUUUCGGACCACGCUCCAAUCCACAGUGCGUGCGUUGGAACUCAUUCACCAGCCAAUGGACACGUCUCGGCUGCCAAACGGAAGUGCCCGACUUCGAUGAGUUGCCACUGGAUGGUCAACCGAUUAUUGUGAACUGUACCUGCACACACGUCUCCAACUAUGCGGUGAUUGUGGAUAUUAUCGAUCCCGAAGAUAUACCUGAGCCUUCAUUAUUGGUACAAAUUACGUCGUAUUCAGCAUUUAUGGUCUCGCUGCCAGUGCUGCUGAGCGUGCUCAUCGCUUUGGCACUGCUGCGGGGUCAACAAACCAAUUCCAACACCAUACAUCAGAAUAUAGUGCUGUGCGUUUUCUGCGCCGAGCUGUUAUUCUUCGUAGGCAUGCAGUCACGUCGCAAUCUGCUCGAGAAUGAAUUCCCCUGCAAGCUUAUUGCGAUUUGCUUGCAUUACUUCUGGCUGGCGGCAUUCGCUUGGACUACGGUCGAUUGUGUGCAUCUGUAUCGCAUGCUCACCGAGAUGCGUGACAUCAACCAUGGCCCGAUGGGCUUCUACUUUGCCAUGGGCUAUGGUGCACCGGCCAUUGUGGUCGGUUUAUCAGUGGGCGUGCGGGCGCAUGAAUAUGGCAAUAGUUUGUUCUGUUGGCUCUCUGUUUACGAACCGGUUGUUUGGUGGUUGGUCGGUCCCAUUGCGGGCAUGUCGGUGGUGAAUCUGCUCAUACUGUUUGUUUCCGUGAAAGCCGCCUUUACGCUCAAAGAUCACGUACUCGGUUUUGGCAAUCUACGCACGUUGCUUUGGUUAUCCGUCGUCUCGUUGCCGCUGAUGGGCGUCAUGUGGGUCUUGGCCGUUUUAGCUGCUUCCGAGAAUUCACAAAUGUUAAGCAUUCUGCUGUCGGGCGUAGUGGUGCUACAUUCCAUAUUCUGUCUCAUUGGCUACUGCAUUAUCAACAAAAGGGUGAGAGAGAAUCUGCAGCGCACUUUCUUGCGAUGUAUGGGACGGAAAGUGCCACUCUUAGACUCUUCACUAGUGGUAAGCAAUAGCUCGCAUAAUGUAAACGGUACAACGAGGCCCAAUAAUUUCCUCGCGGGCAGCUAUGAUACAGCGAGGAGGAAUGUGGGUAUCAGCGUCUCGAGCACGACUUCACGAAGCACGGCUAAAACUAGUUCCAGUCCAUAUAGCGACGGCCAGCUGCGUCAGACCUCUACGUCUACAUCCAACUAUAAUUCAGCCAGCGAUGCACCCAGUUUUUUGCGUGGGUUCGACUCAUCUACCGGCGGCGGUGGUGGCGGUGGACGCAGGGAAGAGAAAUCACGUCGCCAUCGCAAGGAUUCCGACUCUGGUUCCGAAACAGAUGGGCGUUCGUUAGAGCUCGCCUCGAGUCAUUCAAGUGAUGAUGAUGAAUCCCGUACUGCACGCUCCUCGGGUACUCAUCGAAGUACCGGUGUUAGCGCUACACCUUCUUACCUUCCUAACAUUACCGAACAUGUGCAGGCGACAACGCCACCCGAACUAAAUGUUGUGCAAAGUCCGCAACUCUUCCCCAGUGUUAAUAAGCCUGUGUACGCGCCGCGUUGGUCAAGCCAACUGCCGGAUGCCUACCUACAGUCACCGCCAAAUGUGGGCCGUUGGUCGCAAGAAACCGCGUCGGACAAUGAACAUGUGCAUGGUCAAAAAGUGACCAUAUCACCAAACCCACUGCCUAAUCCAGAUCUCACCGACACCUCGUACCUACAACAGCAUCACAACAAAAUUAAUAUGCCACCAUCGAUAUUGGAAAAUCUGCAGAAUGUACGUAACGAUAACGGUUAUGACACGCUCGAACACGAAAACCUUUAUCGACGCAAGGAGUAUCAGGACAGCUAUGGACAGUUCGACACCUUGCCCGUGGCAGGCAACUACAAACCACCGAGUCAUUACGGUAGCGAAAAGGACUAUAACGGCAGUGCUAACGGUAGCACCAGUGGUGGUGGCGGCAAUGGUGGCACUCAAAUCGUUAAUCACAUGCGUUCCUUCCACCCUGACGCGGCUUACCUCAGCGACAGCAUAUACGAUAAACAACGCACACUCGGCUAUAUGGGUCCCAAAGCGGAGUCACCGUAUAUGUCCAAAGAGCGUAUUGCGCCCGAUUUAUAUGGCUCCCGCGAGAAUCACUAUAGUCUUAAGAAACCGCAUAUGUAUGUUGGUACCGCCGAUUCCAUGCAUUCGGUGCAUUCGUUGUUGAAGAACGACUACCAGGCGCAACAACAGCGCCAGCAAAAUUUUCAGCAGCAACAACAGUUGCAACACCAACAUCAACAGCCGACAGUAGCGGACUAUCACUCCGAUCGCAUGUCGGAGGGUUCCGACAAAAACGGUUAUCAUUUUCCAUACACAGCCGAAGAGGAUCACAUACCCGCCGCGCGUAAACUCAGCCACCAACAUAAUCCAUCACCCUCGCUACACAGUUCGCAUCAGAUGCUCAAUGGGCAUGGGCACGCGCAUGCGGUGAACGACAUCAACAAUCCCGGUAUGCUGGGGCGACACACACUGAACUCAAGCUCGCGGCAUGGUUCGCGCGCCAGUUCGCCGCCCUCAAGCAUUGUGGCGCCCAUGCAGCCCUUGGCGCCGCUCACCAGCAUAACGGAUACAGAUUCAGAGUUGGACAUUAUUUGGCUGCAUCGCUGGCGUCGCCGAUAUCCCUGGUCUCUGACAAUCUGGAGGAACAUUGAUGAUGAUGAGACGACCGUGUGACCGCAUCAUCAACAACAACAACAACAGCAAUUGCAGAAAAACACAACAAUAAAUGAACAUAAACUACCGCUAAUGCAACCAGAAGUGUCAUUAAAGCCACCAGCUCAACAACAGCAGAAACAACAACAACAACCAAAUCGAGUGUCCGCACAAUUUACGCCACUGCCAAUAACAAUAUUGCAACAACCAAUGCCAGUGCAACUUUGGAAAAUUAAUCAGAAAAUGUUGAAAAGCGAUACAAAUAGACAGCAACAACAACAACAGCAACAGCAACGGCAGCUAAAGCAAAAAUACCAACAAGAACAAACACAACACUUCGCAACUAUACGUCGUGUGCCAUCGCCACACUACAGUGGCCGAUGUCAGUAGAAAAACAAAAACAAAAACAAAAAGAAAAAAAUAUUGUUAAAAUAGAAAUAAAAAGCGAAACACAACAACUUAGUUAAGCAUGUAAAGGUAACAGUAUAAAUACAUACAAACACACAGCUGUAAGUGCUAUAUAUAUGUAUAUGUAUGUACUUGUAAAUUUAUUUGUUAAGUUGAUCAUUAGUGUAAGACGAGAGCUCCAUAAUGUAUGUAUAUGUUUGCAAGUAUUGAGAGGAGUAAAUUACGAAAACAUAAAGCAAGAACAAAAUCUAAAAAAUAGUUAUGCUAUGUAUUUAUUGAACCGCAGAAAUAGUGAAAAAAGAACAUAAAGCUUAUAUAAAAAUGUAAAAAUGAAAAUCGAAAUGAAAAGCAAAAGAAUAGGGAAGGAGUGGACUCAGAUUUAAUUAGGGAACAAUAAUACAAUAACGUUGAUAAUUUGGUGAGUUUUAAGUUUAUUUUUUUUUUUUUUUUAAUUUUUGUAAAAUUUUCGCGCUUCUACUUUGAGGACCUUCGUCUUAAGGGAUACACAUAGUCCGUUAGCGUAAAAGAGAACAUUUUUGGAAAUUAAGGAAACAAUUUUUCACAUUUUUAUUCCGCCAUUCUACGUGAAUGAAACCUAAAAACACUCACAUACUAGGAUAUAUUACCCUACUCACGCUCGAAAUAAGUUCAAAAAUUGGUAAAUUGCAGCGUUAAAAAAGUUGACGAAAAUCCGCUUUUUGGUCAGAUUCAGAACUAUAGUGUGAUCCACUUUGUGAUCUCUUACUUCUAUGUUUACCGUGCCCACAUAUCAGAUGAUCCAUUCGAUGAGUUCAAUUUUCGGCCAUUCGUUCGAACAAUUCGACUGGUAACUGGCAAAUGACACGCGCGAUAUUUUGCCAAAGCCAGAAUCGAAUUACUUUGCGUAGCCCCAUAGGAAAAUCAAUAGUUCUCAAUUAUACCCGAUGGUUGAACUCUCUCUCUCUUACACUUUUUAAUGCACUUCCAUUUGCUGCUUUGAAUAAAGAUAUAAAUUGUUCCCUUUUUUAACAGUUCCGAUCUCAUACACCACUUGAUGGCGAAGCAAACAUAGCGCACAUACGCCCUCAAUAGCUUCCUGUACAAAAAAAACAAAUAUAUAUUACUUUUUAUAAGUUUGGGUGAAUUUCUGUCUUUCAAAUAUUAUUUAUAAUUUAAAUCUAACGUUUUUAGGACCAGAUUAUAGAUUUUUUGUACUGCCCUUGAUUCAUCUGAUUUUGCAAAGUUGCGAAUCGCAGAACCAACUGGUAUAAACCCAGUAGACUGAAAUAAUUAAGCGUCUCUUUAUAAGAAGUUUACAACUCAAAUUCUCGGUUAUGUUUUCGUAAUAUUUCGAUUCAAGAUCACUAAGAUCACAGAGCUAGUAAUGAUCAUGUUUUGAUAAUACAAAAUACUUUCAAAGCUACAUAUUUAAUUCAACGCUUGUAGAUAAACUGAAAACCCACCAGAUUAUCAAUAUAUUUAGGAAAUCUUCUUUCAUCACUAAUACCUUAAGGGGCUCAUCCCAGCUUUGAAAAACACCGCCUCGAAAAACUUGGCUCGUGGUUCCUUCACACUGACUUAUUAUGCUUGUUUGCUAAAAAAACAAAAGAAUUAACGGCAUUUUAAUCGAUAACCCUAAAUGUAAAAAAGAGAAUUUUGGUAGAUACUCAAAAAAAUUUGCCAAAUUUGGGUUUUUUUUUACUAUAAAAAUACAUUGUAUGCGCUUACAUGUCCUGAAUGUCCAAGCCAUUCACUCAAACAGUUUUUGUGAUACGAUGAAAAAAAGUUUGAAAAACACUGUUUUGAGAAAAACGCUUUUAAAGUUUCAAUUACGCAACUCAGCGCUUCGUAUAGCUCCAUAUUCUAACUGCUGUAUCUUUAAGUCGACUUCGAAUAUUUAAAAAUUGCUUUUCUAGACAUGUUCAGAAAGCAAUUUAUGAAAAAAGAGCCAAUCACAUGGGAUGACCACUUAACACACUUCAAAUCAUGAAUAAAAUAAUAAUUUAUGCUACCAAACUUGCAUUUAUUAGCUAACGCGUGGGACACAGCAAUAGCUGAAGACACUUUUUGUAAAUAUUCUGUUGUGUAAACAAGAGAGAAAAGAAUGUAUAAAUGUAUAGAAAAAAGGAAAGAAAGAUACAAGUGUACAGAAAAGCACUAGCAAAGAGAGAUGUAGUAAAGACCGCUUUAAGCUUUGGUCCGUGUGAAUAGUUCGUUAUAGACUUUCAUCAAAUCUUCACAUCCUCCCCAAUGAAAGACGGUAGAAUGGAUGAUGCAAAGCAUUUAGAAGUUAGAGCACUUAGUCAAUCGUGGUAGACUAACCGCUCCAACUUCUAUAAACUAUAACGUCCAAAUUGUAAUUUGUAACGCAUCAAUAUUGAACCUGAGUAAAAGUGUCUGCAACAAAGAGAAAAAGUAAAACCAUAAAAACAACAAAACCUAACAUAUUUUCACAAAUACUCUUAUAAAAACAAAAACUAAAAUAACUGUUGAAAAGCUGCGUAAAACUGUUAAAGCAAAACGCACGAAAUCCAAAUAGGCUAAAACAUUAAUGAUAAUCAAAUGAAAGUAUUGAUAUUUUGAAAAAAUAAAAUAAAAAUGGCAUAAAAUGUUAAGGCGUCGAUCCGAAAAGUAGCGGAAUGAAGAAUAAUUUUUUUGAUAAUUUCUGUUAACUCGCAAAUGAGAAGACGAUAUAUCUUUUCGAAGUUAGGAAUACAGAUAAAUAUUUAUCCUUCAUUAGCAUAGUUUUUUUUUUUUGUAUGAAAUGAAUUUAGUUGUAAGUUUAGGUUAAUGUAAGUUAAUUUAUUAAUAUUUACUUUCGUGUAUAAAGUAUACUCAUUUUAAGGCUAUUAAAAACAUCGGAAAACCGAGCGAAUACAUAAAAAUAUACGGAUAUUAGUGUAUAUUUUCGUAAUUCAGACUGAAUUUUUCAUGUAUCCUUGUACAUGUAUUAAGCAAAUGUUAAGUAUUAAAUUGAAUCAACGUAAAAAAGCAACACACAUCUUAAUACAAUUAAUUAUUAGUCUUCGUGGGCAAAAAAGUAUAAUAUUAUUCACCAAUCAUUAUCAAAUAUUAAGCCAAGUAAGAAAAUAAAUAGGCUGAAGAGAAUUAUUUGAAAAGCAAGCAUAUGCUGAAAAAUUGUUAUGUGUAGCUUUAAAGAUAUUAAAUUUGAAUUUUACGAACUUUUAUUCUCAAAAAGCUCAAAGUUUAUUUGAAUUAUUUUCACAACACUAACUAGCUUAACCCUAAAGUUUCAGUGAAUUUACUACUUUGCUAUUAAAAAGCAUUUGAGCACAUAUAUUUACUGUUAUUAAAAUGAACGAACUUACGAGCUUUUAUGCGUUGCAAAAAGCUCAAAAACAUGUAUUAUACCAGUAUAUUUUGAAUUAUUUUCACAAUCAGCUUAUACAACUAGUUCAACCCUAUGCAAUUAUGUGGAGUUUAACUCAAUGCUUGAAAACAUAGAAGAGAAUAGUACUUCCAAACAACAGUUAAAAUGUUGAUACGAAAGCCAUUUAGUAACAGUAAAGAGCGUGUAUAGUUCCAUUCAGUGAAAUUUGCUAAAUGAAUUGCAACAAAAUAAACUUUUAGUUUUUGAAAAAGCUCUUCUAGUUUUGAGGUUUUUCUAAGUAGUUUUUGGCAUUUCCAGACAUGACAUUCAAAAGGAGCUUUUAUGUCAAAUAACAAAAAUUGCUUCACCUAAUUAUUGAACGCUGUGAGCUCCAAAAGCUCUGAAGCCUAUCUAGACUAAAGUAUGAUUUUUAAUUAUUUAAAAAGUCAAAUUCGCAUAUACAUAUAAUAUCAAGUAUGUACAACGCAUAUUUCUACAUAACUAUGGGUAGUUGUAAUUGCAAAAGCUUUUGGAGCUUUUAUCUUAAAACAUUAUAUCUGCAUAAAACUGAGCACAUACUAGUUAUCGUAAGUUAUGAGGGUAAGCUUUACCGGUAUGAGCUUUCUACAGGUAAGAGCUUUUUAAAGCUUUUAUGCCCCAGUUGCAAAGCUUUUGCACAUACUGUAGAAAGUACGUAAUUGAAAUAGUUACAAUAAAUUAUAAUAAGCCAAUUUGAAUUGAUAUGCGACCUUUUCAAAUAUUUCUCUUCAGCCUACAGAGCUUACUAACUAAAUAUCUUGCCAGAAUAUCGUAUCAGCUGCAUUUUUAGGAAUUUAAGAAUCAUUAAAAUACAUAAGUUUGCAUUUAUAUAACCUCAAUUAAUUAGUAUGAAUAUAGCUUAAUUUGCAAUUUGAUUUCAACUCUCUCAAACCACCUUAUCGAAACGUAAACGUAAAGAGUGCCUCGACCAUAGUUUGGAGCUUAUUCGAAUUUAGUUGGAUAAAA